AAAAAAAAAACAAAAAGAGAAAGAAGAAAAUUGAGCGUAUUUAUAACAAAAACAAUUUAAGGAGAAAUGGUAGCAAGGAACAACUAUAAUGGAAUGCAAAUAAUGAAUAAUUACAUUUCGUUUUUAGUAAUAUUUGAAAGUAUUGUAAUCUUUGAAAACAAAAAAAAAAAAUUUUUUGAUUCAAAUGUCAUAUAUAGUUUAAAUCCUCCACCAAUCUAUCAAAAUUUCCGAUUUUUUGUUUAUAUUCUCCUUAAAUUUCAAUGUUUAUUGGUAAUUCGACUCGUGGUAUGGAUUCGAACAAUGAACAAGUUUAUCCAAAUCUGCUGUAAAUAAAUACAAUGGAUCAAUUAUGUGAUUAUAUUUUAAUUAUGUCAAUCAUGUUACAUUAUUACGACAUAAAAAAUAUUAGGAGUUUACACAUUUAUUACAUAUAGCUAGUUAGGCCCAGUAUUUUGUUGAUUUAAACAAUCGGACAAUUCCGAAAGAAUAUGGAACUCAUGGAACUCAGAAUUAUUAUAUAAGUAAAAAUAUUUAUAUCAGCAGUAAUAAAUGAUCCCCCAUAAUGCCUAUUAUGAGAUGUUUUCAUUGAAAAAUAAAGUUAAAGUAUUAAGAAUGAUUAUUGAUGCAUGAUUUGUAAUUUAUCUAAUUUAUGAAACCAGAAGGUGAUUAUGUUUACUAAAC